UCGAGAUCGCGAUGAGCCGCCGUGACUCGUGACUAAAAAAUUAGACAGUAAAAAAUUAUGUUCAAGUUGAGCAUAAUAUAUAAUUUUUCUGCAUUUCUGUUCACGAACAACAUUUUUUAAUAUAAUAAUGAUAUUAUGGGUUUUUGUAUGAAAAAGACACCAGUUGGCAUUUUGGCCUCGGUCGUCAUUUAGCCUUACGCCGGCCCUGUUUAAAUUUAUCAAAAAUUAAAGUUUUCCUCUAAAUUAUUGUCGAGUUGUGUACAGGAACGAUUCGUUAACAAAUCACAUAAAAUGGCAUGCAUGUAAGUAAUGAUCAAACCAUAAACGAAAUUCAUGGAAUACUAAAAUGUAGUAUACGCCUUACAACAGUAAAAAAGUCCUACGAUUUGUUGUAUAAUUAUAUCGAAUUUGAUCUUAUUCACGGCGAUACGGAAUUUCAAAAACGUUUGCCGAUUCCUGACGCCCACAAAUUCGUCUUAUCGACAACACGAAAUCGUUCGCGACGACAUGUGUGCAUAAUAUUUGAGGUGAAAUGUAAUCGUACAUUUCACGAAAAUUCUAGUCGGUCGGACUCGAAAAAACUGUUUUAGGGCGUCGUCGCGUAUAUCAUAGAAAAGCGAUCGAACAUAGUAUUAUGGUACCCGAACGAUGCACAAGGGGCGGGCGAGUCACGUUGGCGCAAAAUGUGAAACGAGUGAAAAAAAAAAAAACACGACGAACCAUGAAAACGCGUCGGGCGUGGUCCGCACGUAGCGUUGAACGUGUCGACACAUGGGGUAAGCAAUAGACCCUGGGCCAGUGGCGUCGUUUCAGUUUUUUUCUGGAGUGCGGCAGUCGGCACGUUCUCAUAAAAUGACGAUUCGUCAGGAGCCGAGUGUCGAUAAACGUGGGGGAUGGAAGUUGAAUCAGACCGAAAACAUAAUGAUUCGUACACGAGUGCCCGUGCGGUACAACAAUGAAUCGGUCCGGUUGACAACGCGCCAACGGCGCCACGAAACGACGUAGAUUCGAUGUUUCGAUGGGGUGCCGACUUUGGAACAGCUAAAUCCCAGUGAACUGGUAAUCGAGCUGCCCCGUUGCGAAUCAUGCCACCGCAGUAUACGUAUUACGGAUAUAAACGGUUUUUGGCGCAAUACCAUUUCGUUUCGCUCUUUAUCUUCCACCCCGACAUCGGUCCGCGGGGAAGGGUCGACGUGGACGAUAAAUCGACCACCGAGCUUUGUUUCUUCCUUUUUAUUUCGUUCUAAAGUAUGUUGGGCAUCGCUCGCUAACGUCCGCCAGAAAUGUUCGACAGACCUGAAAGCGUAACGGGAGUAAACAUUUUGGAUUUGACUUCGUUUUAGCACGGAAAACACGUGAAUCUUGAUACUAGAAUGUACCUACGUGUUCAUUUUACGCGCCCAAUCGAUUCGGCGUGAUGAGGGCCGUUGGUGAGUGCGUAGGGGAUGUAGAAAAUCGAGACGAGUGGAGGUUUAGGACAAGGGUGGCCGACCCCAAAUAGUUGGGAACAAGGCAAGGAGAAGAACAAGAAUCGAUUCGACGUAAUCGAGUCGGUGAAACGACCAACGGCUAAACUUUUUUAUGUUUUUAGAACAACGUUAUACCGAACACAACCAGUGAAAACGGAUGUCGUCAAAAGAAAACACUUAUAUAAAAAUACGCGACCUGUGGCGUCUACGGAGACGGCGCGGUUAAGUCGAAACGUCAUUUCAUCCACGAAGCGCGGUCGCAAUCGCAACCGCUGGGUAUCAGGUCACGACGCCCGACUACUAUUACUACUACGUGCCCGCGGCUACGUUCGUCGUAUUAUCGUAUUAUCAGUCGCAACGGCCGUACGACGGACGACACCCUAUCGCACGUAACCGCGUGCUCAACCGUUGUUAUCUCCGCAGUUCUUUGUUCGUCUCGUCUCGUCGUCGCGUUCGUUCCCGUUCUACGCAUUUCGCUGUUAUCGUUCGUUCGCGUCCACACGCUAACCGCUGCUACCUCGUCCGUCGACAACCAUCCCUUGGCGCGCGUCCACCUCUCCCCCAUACCACCUCCCACUACGUUGCCUCGUUAUUUUCUUUCGGUUUCACGUCGCGCACUGCUCCUGACGCCAAACAUCGUGACGGACGUUCGCCAUCUUCGCGGACGACUACACUACUACGACCGUAGCGUGUUUCCGCCGUUCGCCGUCGCCAGUCUAUCCGGGUCACCCACGUUCGCUAUCGACAUUGUUUUCGGAAACAUCGGAAAACAUGGUUUACAAAAUAAAGAAACACUCGACGAUGCCUGUUCACGUUGUUGAUGACCACAACGAUGCGUUGCAGUAUAUCUAUCGGGAAAUAGGUUCGAAACAUUUGCCUUUGUACGGCAAUGUCCUGCUGCAUUUCGAUUCACAUCCGGAUCUGUCCAUUCCAAAAGAUAUGCCCGCCGAUUAUGUUUAUGAAAAAGAACAAUUGUUCGAUUCAUUGAGCAUUGAAAACUGGAUACUACCAGCUGCGUAUGCCGGUCAUUUUGAUAAGAUUAUUUGGGUAAAACCUCCGUGGGCAAGGCAAUUUAGCGACGGUGAAAUUGUGUUCACUAUUGGCAAGCACAAGACAUCGGGCGUUAUAAGACUGACAAAUUCUUCUGAUUUUUAUUUGAGUGAAGGACUUUACUGUUUGGAAGAUGAUCUUAUCAACAUAAGAACAAUUAAGUUGUUCGUGUUUACCAUGUGUAGUUCAAUUUUUGAUGAUGGCGAAGAAAAAUUUGAUCUUUUACGGAACAAGUUUACAGAGUAUACACGAGAUAAUCCUCAUUAUAUUUUAGAUUUCGAUUGCGAUUUUUUUUCUACAAAUAAUCCAUUCUUGUCAAUGUAUGAUAAAGCCAAUCUUUAUACCAAUCUUCAUAAAAUCUAUACAUAUACCUCCCCAACUAAUAGAGAUGAUGUUAAUAGUUUGCUUCAGUGUUCUCGCUCUAGAGAAAUACUUUUGCAAGAAUUAGAAUCUGUGUUCAUGCAUCUUGAUGACGGAAAGUCAUUAAAUGAUUAUCCUACUGAGACUUUGACUGCUGUAAAUCUUGAAGAUUUAUCGUUUAUUGUAGACGAAUUAUCUAAACAUUAUGAUACUAUUGACUGGUUGAUUGUACACAAUGCGGGCUGUACAAUUGACAACAUUGAAUUACCCAAUCAUCACACUGACUUACCUGAUAUUGCAAAAUCUAUGGAUAUUGUGUUUAAUUUUUUACCCAUACUACAUGAACCAGCUGCCAUUACAAUUGCUUUGUCCACGGGUGAUGAUUAUUGUCCACUAGAAAGUGCACGAUUUAUUAACGAAACUUUGCUUACUAAGCUAGAAUGCUUGUAUAAUAAACUGAAUGUUCAAAGAUGUACUGAAGGUUCCUAAAAUAUUAAAUCAUAAAUUUUAAUCUAAAUAUAAGUUUAUUUAGAUGUAGUUGUUUGUACAUUUUUCAU